AGGACUGGAAGGCAAAUCCGGCCUCAGACACUUCCCAGCUGGGGGACCCUGGGCGGGUCUUUUCAUCUCUGCCUGCCUCAGUUUCCUCAAAUACAUAAAACGAUGUGAUGAUAGCGCCAACCUCCCAGAAUUGUGAGGAUCCAACGCCGGAGAUGAGAUUCUUUAAAGGGCUUAGCACUGUGCCUGCCUUCCCUUUCCCUUCCCACUAAGAUAAACAUGACAUCCUUUCAAGAAGUCCCGUUGUCAAGCACUCUUCAGACUUCCAACUUUGCACACGUCAUCUUUCAAAAUGUGGCCAAGAGUUAUCUUCCUAAUGCCCACCUGGAAUGUCAUUACACUUUGACCCAGUAUAUCCAUCCACACCCAAAGGAUUGGGUUGGCAUUUUUAAGGUUGGUUGGAGUACUGCUCGAGAUUAUUAUACAUUUUUAUGGUCUCCAAUGCCUGAACAUUAUGUGGAAGGGUCAACAGUCAAUUGUUUAUUGUCCUUUCAAGGGUAUUACCUUCCAAAUGAUGAUGGAGAAUUUUAUCAGUUCUGUUAUGUUACCCAUAAGGGUGAGAUUCGAGGAGCAAGUACACCAUUCCAGUUUCGAGCAUCUUCUCCGGUUGAGGAACUGCUGACUAUGGAAGAUGAAGGGAAUUCUGACAUGUUGGUGGUCACGACGAAAGCUGGCCUGCUUGAGUUCAAAAUUGAGAAAACAAUGAAAGAAAAAGAAGAGCUGCUGAAGGUAACCAGUGUCCUGGAGAAGGAGACUUCGCAGCUCAGAGAAGAGGUUGGAAGACUGGAAAAGGAGCUUAGCAGUGAAAAGGAGAGAGGCAACCAGCUGCUAGGGGAAAACAAGGGUCUUGUUGAGGCAUCACAGAAUCUAAAAAUGGAAAAUGAAGAGCUGAAGAAAAAACACAGUGAAGCAGCUUCCAGAGUUCUCCAGCUCGAGGAGGAUCUUGUGACUGUGACCCAGAGAGCGAUUACAAAGGAGACUGAGUUGGACAGUUUGAAAGACAAACUCAAGAAAGGAACACUUGAAAAAGAGCAACUGGAAUGUCAGUUGAAGACUGAAAAGGAUGAGAAGGAACUUUAUAAGGUCCAUCUGAAGAACACAGAGAUUGAGAAUACCAAACUUGUCACCGAGGUGCAGACUCUGAAGAAUUUAGACGGAAACAAGGAGAGUGUGAUUGCCCAUUACAAGGAGGAGGUGGGCCGGCUGCAGCUCUGCGUGGCGGAGAAGGAGAACCUGCAGAGGGCCUUCCUGCUGGCAGCCCCAAGCAAAGAAGAUGCUGCAUAUCUAAAAGAGCAACUUCGCAAAGCAGAGGAGCAGGUCCAGGCUACUCGGCAAGAAGCUGUGUUUCUGGCCAAAGAGCUGAGUGAUGCCGUCAGCGUGAGGGAUCAGACCAUGUCUGAACUCCAUAGUGCCCGGCUAGAAAACGAGCAAGUCAGAAGCCAGCUAGCGGAGGCCGUGGCCGAGCUGAGAGUCGCUGUCGUGAAAAAGCAGCAGGAGAAAACGGAUCCAGUUGAGCAGGAGCUGCGUAGAGAGGUGGAAGACCUGAAGCUUCGCCUGCAGAUGGCUGCAGACCAUUACAGGGAGAAAUUCAGGGAGUGCCAGAGGCUUCAAAAACAAGUGACCCGGCUCUCCGAGCAGGCCAAAACUGGGAACCAACAGAAAGUGACGGAUGCCUCAAGCAACACAGAGACAGCGUCUGGCUCUCCUGUUAACAUCAAAUUGGCAGCUGCUGCAGUUGGACUUGCUACGUCUGAGAUGAUUCCUGAGGUGGUGACAAAGGGGCAAGUUUGUGAAAUGACCAAAGAAAUUGCUGAGAAGACAGAAAAGUACAAGAAAUGUAAACAACUCCUCCUGGAUGAGAGGGCCAAAUGUAGCAGCUAUGCUGACGAGCUGGCCAGAUUGGAGCUGAAGUGGAAGGAGCAGGUGAAAAUCAGUGAGGAAGCAAAGCUGCGCCUCGCGGAGGUGGAGGACCAGUAUAAAGAGCUUAAAAGGAGACUUGAAAGUCAAGCCGAGAGAGUCACGGAAGGUCAGAGUGCCCAGCAAUGCCAAGUGAGCGGCGCCUCCACAGAGCACAGCGGUCCUGUGCCUUCAGUGCCAAACAGGAGACCGGUUCUGCAGUUUGGAAAUCCCUAUGCAGCCCAGGACAUAAGAGAUGGAGCGGAUGGCGCUUUUUACCCAGAUGAAAUCCAAAGACCACCCGUCAGAAUGUUCUUGUGGGAGCUGGAAGACAACGUAGUCUGUAGCCAGCCUGCUCGCAACCUUAGUCGGCCUGAUGGUUUAGAAGACCCUGAAGAUAGCAACGAUGAUGAUGAGAAUGUCCUUACUGCUCCAGAACCUCCAAGCCAGCUUUUACAUGCUCAUGGGACGGGCUUUUGCUUUGAUUCCAGCUUUGAUGUGCACAAGAAGUGUCCCCUCUGUGAAUUAAUGUUCCCUCCCAACUACGACCAGAGCAAGUUUGAAGAGCAUGUCGAAAGUCACUGGAAGGUGUGCCCCAUGUGCAGUGAGCAGUUCCCUCCAGACUAUGACCAGCACGGCUUUGAAAGCCACGUUCAGACCCAUUUUGAUCAGAAUGUUUUAAAUUUUGACUAGAAUGUCACUUUUUAUUAUGCAUUAUACCAGUUUACCAUUUAAAAAAAGAUCACUUCCAAUAGCUAAACCAUAUCUGAUAAAAUAUCUACUGCAUUUUUCUGACUACUUACAUUCUGUGUUACCUGUGUACAAUGCAGUAGAACUAGGGUCAGGAUCAAUAUCUGGCUUAUCAGCAGAUAGCAGUUUAACCUCUGUUUCUUUCACCUGCUCUAAGAAAAGAAAGAAACUCUUUGUGUGUGUGUAUCUUUAUUUAUUCCUCGAUUGUGAACAUUAUAUCAUUAAAGGAUACAGGGAUUAUUUUAAUGUGACAGUGGAAAAAAUUAUAUGGUGGUAGGUGACUUAGCCAACUGAUAACAAGUUUCUGUCGAAUAGCUGAUUGAGCAUGAUUAAAUAUUAUGUAAUAAAAAGUAUUUCUGAUAGCAA